AUGAAACAGGUGAGAUGCAACAUUUUUGCGCUCAGAACUACAGAAGCAGCAGGAGAAGAUGCAAAGUUCCUGCAGGGAUCCGACAUGGAGCUCAGACAGCUGAACCCCCUGAGAGCGGGACAACAAGGAGGUUAUGAGGAGCAGAUCUAUGUCAAGCUGGUGUUGGAAACAAUUAGCACAUCAUUGCCUCAGUUUGGAGUUUACUCCCACUUCAGCGUGGUAUCCGACCUGCAGAAAAAGGGCUGUUUGGCCAGGAUGCAGGGUCUGAGCUCCAGGGCUCAUGCGUUUUCUGUGGAGGCGCUGGUGGGUAAACCCUGCAAGAGGAUGAAAGUGUCGGACGGACACGACUCAAGUUCAACUGCGAGCAUCUUCAGCAGAGACACAGAAGGAAACGGACUGUCUAAAUGUGCAGCAACCCAGGCGAAAAAAGCAGGUUCGACUCUGCGGAAACAAGAAGACAGAUCAUGUGAUCCGCAAACACAAAGUAUCAACUUGGACUCUCAGGAGGCUGCUGAAGCAAAGAGAGACGACAACAGGCCGGUGGAGAGCGGCUGCAGCCCGGGAGCAGAGGUCCGAGUGGAGCUGCAGGGCUCCGAGCUCUGGAAGAGAUUCUAUGAGAUCGGCACUGAGAUGAUCAUCACCAAAGCUGGCAGAAGAAUGUUUCCUUCAGUGCGCAUCAAAGUUCGUAACCUGGACCCCUGUCGGCAGUAUUACGUCGCCAUGGACGUCAUGCCGGUGGACUCCAAACGCUACAGGUAUGUGUAUCACAGCUCGCAGUGGAUGGUGGCUGGAAACACGGACCACUCGUGCAUCUCUCCCAGAUUGUACGUGCACCCGGACUCGCCGUGCGCAGGAGAGACGUGGAUGCGGCAGGUCAUCAGUUUCGACCGGGUCAAACUCACCAACAACGAGAUGGACGACAAGGGACAUAUUAUACUUCAGUCGAUGCAUAAAUACAAGCCACGUGUGCACAUCAUCCAACAUGACCCUCGAAUGGACAUACCACAGAUCCAGUCUCUGCCUGCUGAAGGAGUGCACAGUUUUAUCUUCCCAGAAACAGAGUUCACCACAGUCACAGCCUAUCAGAACCAACAGAUCACAAAGCUGAAGAUCGACAGGAACCCCUUUGCCAAAGGCUUCAGAGAUCCAGGGAGGAACAGGGGGGUACUGGAUGGCCUGUUGGAGUCAUAUCCCUGGAGAGGUCCUCUCAGCUUGGAUUUUAAGCCAUUUGCGAUACAGCUCCAAGGAAACUCUGGGACACCAACCGGCAGUGCAUCUCAUCUCAAGAGCCUGCUCCCUCUGUCCUCUUCUUCAUCCCUUCAGCCAUUCUCCCUCUCAGCACUUUCCUGCCAAGAUGCCACACUUCACACCCUUGCGUUCCCGCUCUUUAAGAGCUCCACGUCUCCCACCUCCCCGCUAUCCAACAGAACCUACUCCUCCCUGGGAGCAGACAGACUACGAGGCCUGGCCCCGCUGUCUCCACUAACAGACCUCUCACUCCUUUCUGCACUGCAAGGAAAGAAACCUCCUCACUGUAGGGACCCAUGUCUUCAAGGGUCACUCGGGAGCACCACGUGCCUGAUCCCAUUCCACAACCCCUUCAGUCCUCAGGGGCCUGGAUCUCCACUUAUCCCCCGUCUCUCAGAGACUAACAGUCCUUACUGUCUUUACCGCUACAGCUUCCCCCUAAACCCUCAACUCACAGCUAUUUCCCGGCAUGCCAAACUAGCCGAAGACACUCCAGACUGCCUCCUGCGCCAGUCGCCAUGGCACUCGACCACCAACCACUGCCUUUGACAGCUGGAACACACUUGUAGGCUUCUGCCCAUUUCAGCGUACACGCCAAAGUUUAUUGAAGACUUUUAAGAAAUGAGAGAAGGCUAACUGUAAAUAACUCAAAGGAGACUUAAGACAGAACUGUUGC